UACAUACAUAACGACCAGAGUAGCGCUAAGGGACUUUUAUUUUGAAAACUUGUGCGUGCGUACACAAUCCAUCUUGCCGUUGACUUCACGUAGCUCCUAAACCAGAGGGGCUAAUAUGUCGAUGGAAGAUCCUUUUUUCGUGGUUAAAGGGGAGGUGCAGAAGGCCCUGUCCAAAGCACAGGGGCUGUUUGAGCGCUGGGAGGAGCUGCUACAGGAAGAAACCCCCGUCAGCCGUGAUGAGCUGGACUGGAGCACCAAUGAACUCCGAAACUGCCUCAGGGCCAUCGACUGGGACCUAGAGGACCUGCAUGAAACCAUCAGUAUUGUGGAGGCAAACCCUGGAAAGUUCCGUUUAGGGGAACAUGAACUCCAGGAGAGGCGGGACUUUGUGGAGCGAACACGGAAUUCUGUGCAGCUGAUGAAGGAGCAGCUCUCUAGUCCCUCAGCUGUGGCCCAAGCAGAGAAGAAAAACAAACAAGCUCUGCUGGGGACCACAGCAAAGGAUCGUUAUGCCGGUCUGGAGCCUCACCUGGUGUCUGCAAACUCCAGAUACAUUCAGGAGCAACAGGAACAGCAGCAGCUGAUCAUGCAGGACCAGGAUGAGCACUUGGAGCUGGUCACAGGCAGUAUCCGUGUCCUGAAGGACAUGUCCAGCAGGAUAGGAGACGAGCUGGAUGAACAGGCAGUUAUGCUCGGUGAGUUUAGUGAGGAGAUGGACCAGACCGGUUCUAGAAUGGACUCAGUGUUGAAGAAAAUGGAGAAGGUUUCACACAUGACCAGCAGUCGGAGACAGUGGUGUGCAAUCGGAGUUCUUGUAAUCAUACUGAUCGUGGUACUCAUUUUGCUCUUCGCCAUUUAAACCAGACUCUUCUUCAGUUUGGCCCUCCAUCAUGCCAAAAGCUUACAGAGGAAGACUUUUUACCAUGAUUCUUCCACCUCAGCUUCCAUGAUCCUUUGUGAGAAAGAGAUCCUAGUUAUUCUUUAUAGUCCUGGUUCGUCUUUUUGCCUUCAUCUAAUUCAAAUGUCUUCUGGCUCUCAGCAUUUCUCUCUGUUCCGCUGCUUUUGGAUUGGACUUGUUGUCGUCUGCAAGGUCUAUUCCAGAAUUUCACUGGUGCUGAGAUGGAAGUUAACAGUUAUUAUAUUUCUUACUUACGUUUUAUUGUGGUACAGAGUGUAAGUGGGGAUGAGGAAUUUGAUAUUGCCUUAUUAUAUUUUUAUAUGUUUGAUUCUUACAACAGUACAGUAAUUGUGUACAUAAAUGCCCGUGAAAGAGGUUGACCAUAAAUAUGCUUGCUAAUGGUUCACCAAUUAUGUAACAAUUUAAAUGUUGUUAUUAGUUGAUUCAGAAUCCUUUGAACAAGCACAAUGAGUAAUGCAGGCUCAUAGCGCCCUCUAGAUCUGUAACGGUCACGAUAGAAACCUCUGAAGCUGGCAGAACCACCAUCAAACAACCUAUGGUGUGCAUUGGAAAUUGGAAAAGUAAAUUAUUUAGGGUUAUUUAAAUUGUUUUAAAGCAAAGUCAUGCCUUUAAAAUGAGAUUAGCAUAGGCAUUUUACAUGUUUGCUCUUCCUUUGUGGUUAAAUCUGACACUUUAUUGCAUUAUUUGAGUGAGUUUAUGGACAUUUCCCUGCAGAAACAUCAUCUAAUUUGCUUGCACUUUUCAUGAAUGUGCUUCUUCUAUGGGUUUUCCCAUAUUUUAAAAUAUGACUUGGUAAUUCUUGUAAGUAUUUGAGUUUCCCUAUAUUUUAAAAUAUUUUAUGCAUCGCUUUUGAGAUUACUGUACAUUGGACUGUAAAGUUUCAUAUUACCGUGGAGAUGUGUAUAGAAUCAUUUGGACAUAUAGACAUUCUUUGUCUCAGUUGAUGGUGUGGGUUAAGCCUUCACUGCAUGCCACAGUGAUAUUCCAUACGCAUUAUUCCAAUAAUAAUAUAUAUUUGUCAUUUUACUAUUUUUCAAAGGAAAGUGCUAUUAACUGCUCUUUUAAUCGCAGCGAGAUGCAUGUUCUUGAAGUCAGCUCUAUUAACUGACAACAUCCCCUAAAGAGCUGAUCCGACCCCACAGUUAGGAUCAUUACUUGAUAUUUCUAUUCCUGAACUUCAGCUCAGAUCUGAUAUUGUGCCCAUCUGUGGGUGUGCUAAUGAACAUUUUGUACUCAUAUUAUCCGUGCCAAUGAGUUUUCCAGUGUGCCCUCAGAUCUGAGACACUACGUGCCUGUGGGUGAAUGUAUUAUGUUCGAUAUAAAUGCUUUCCUCUCUGAAUAUGACACAUUUCAGUAUUGUCUUGGCUCUUGUAAUUUAUUAAUAGGAUUAAGUACAUAAACCCUUAACUGAAAGUCAGAUCCAACUUCAAGCAUAAAAUUGUAAGCCUUAAUUUUAAAAAAAAAUGUGUAACAAAGAACCAAAACUUAUUACCUCUUUACAUGCCCUUUUGGGCGAUUUGGUAUGCAUUUGAUUUUCUUUUAUUUUUGCAAAGUAAUGUCUUUCAGUGCUGCCUACAUAUAAUUAAUUGCAUUUCAAAAGUCUAAUACCCUUGUCACUUGUUUUUGUAAGCAUUUGUAUUGUAUACAAAUUUUGCCUUUAUUUUGACAUCUUGAUAAAUUCAAAUGGUUCCUGAAUAAAGUAUAUGACUUUGA